AUGCCUAAACCAAGUCGAUCAGCAUUUUAUUUUUAUGCACUUGAAUAUCAACAUCGUUUUCAACAAAAUAAUGGUCAACGUUUAAGUAUUAAUGAUGCUAUAGCAGCAUGUUAUGAUGAAUGGAAAUUAUUAUCUGAUGAUGAAAAACAACCAUAUAAAAUAUUAUAUGAAAAUUGGCGUAUACAAUAUCGUUUAGAUCCUGAUUCAACUAUUAAUAAUAAUCAACGUUCUUUACAAGAAAAAAAAUUUCAUAAACAAGAAAUAAAAAAUGAAAAAAUUCUUCGUGAACGUGAUAUACCAUGUGAAGAAUUAAAAAUUCAUUAUGAUCGUUUUAGUUUUGAAAGAGAUUAUUUAGCAUUUGAAUAUUUACCAUUAGAUAUAAAUGAAUUAUUAACAAUGCCAAUAUAUAUUAUAAAUUUUCAAAUAUUUUGUAAAAUUGAUGAAGAAGAUGGUGGACAAUAUGUACCAGCUGAAAUGUGUAUUCUUCGUUAUACAUUAACUGAAGGUCCAACUAUAUUUCGACAUAUAUUUAUAAAACCUGAUAAAAUUCCACCUGGUUAUAUGUCAGCAUGUUUAGAACAUUUAAAAUCAACACAUGAAAUACCAUUAAAAGAUUUUGCUGAAGCAACGGAUAAUUAUAAAAUAAUUUAUCAACAAUUAAAAACAUUUUUAAUAUCAAAUAUAACUAAUAAAACAAAUCAUUUAUCAAAUGAUGAUCGUAUACGUCGUCGAUAUCAACGUUUAAAUCAACCAUGUGUUUUUUUUCCAUCUAUUGAAUAUGAACAAACAAGUAGAUUAAUGGAUUGGUUACAAGAAAAAGCUGAAGGUGUUAAACCAACUAAAGAUACACGUCUUGUUAAUUUUGCAAGUAUUGAAUCUUUAAUUAUGCUUUUAGUUGAAUUAAAAAAACAACGUAUUUCACGUGAUGAUAUACAUAAAACAUUUGAAAAUGCUGCUUAUUCAUUUAUGAUUGAAGAACGUUGUAAUUAUCAUUCACAAUUAGGUAUAAGUUAUUGUUCAGUUGCACGAUGUUAUGCAUCAGCUAAACUUAUAUCAGCUUAUUUAAAUCAAUUAUAUGUACCAGAACGACCAGCAUCAACAUUAAUGACUGGUAAACGACCAUUAAGUACAUCAAUGAUGAAUUCAGAUACAUCAUCAAUUAUUUCAAUGAAUAAUCUAUCAAAUCGAUUACAACAACCACCAAUACUUAGACCUACAAUAACAUCUCAAAUAAUUUCAAGUCAAUAUUCUACAACAGGUACAAGUGAUUCAAUAGCUUCAUCAUAUUGUCCACCGGAACAAAAUAAACAACAACAAUCACCAAUAUUAUCAACAAAAUAUUCAUAUGAAUCUCAACCAUCAUUACAAACUAAUCAACAAAAUCUUCAUAUAUCUGAUGAACUUAUUCAUCAUCCAACUAUAAUGAAAUUACAACAACAAAAUUUUCAUCGUUUAUUAUCUACAGCUACAUCUACAACAUCAUCAUCAUCAAUAAUUAAUCAUCAACAAAUUCAUUUAACUGAAAAUAAUAAUCAAGAUACAUGUUUUAAUACAACAACAACAACAAUAACAAAUAAUCAAAUACAAUCAACAAAACAAACGUCAGAUACACAACGUGCUGUUUUACAUCAACGUAAACAAGCAUUAAUGAAAGCUAUUCAAAGUAUAAAUAAACAAAUGGAAGAACUUGAUAUGUAA